AUGAAAAUCAACCAAGAAAAACAAAAUCACUCCAAAGAACUUUCCCAAAAGGAGGAAUAUCAAAAAUAUUUAGAGGAAUUGGAAGACCCUAAUUAUCAGGGUGGUUCUUGGGCUUUACCCGAAAACCCUACUCCACUGGAACAGGCCAAAUAUGAUAUUUGUCAAAAAGUAAUCAGAUAUAAGCGAAAUAAUAAGUUAACUACUGAGGAAUUUGCUAAAAAAAUCCAACUAACUAAACCAGAAACCGAGGAUAUUCUUUAUUGUCGCUUAGACUACUUUACUUUGGAUCGACUAAUGGAAUACACCAAUAAGUUAUUUUCUCCUUGUGAAUCAGGUAAAAUCUUGAUCGACCAAAUUACCACGACCGAUAAAGUAAAAAGAGUGGGUAAAUUUGUUGGUCGAUUGGAUGAAAAAUUAAUGGUGAAAGUUGAAAGGGCAAUUUGUUAUGUGCUGGCUUUAUCUACCGAAGCAUUAAUGGAAGAACUGGAAGCCAGAAAGAAAAAUAAAUGCACGGGAACCCUAGAAAUAGCCAAAAAGGCUGAUUUAUUAAUUCAACCAACGGGAGCCAGUAGAGCAGACUUAAUUCCCGCCAUCAAAGAAUUUCACGCUUUAAAAAAGGCGGGAAUAAAUAAGAAAAAACUUUUAUUUGUCCUUACCAGACUAGCCACGCCAGCGGAAGCGGAAGCAGGAAAGGAAUAUUUACAAAAAAGCGGUUAUAAUUAUUCGCCAAUUGUUCUGUAUGAAAAAGCCUCUUAUCGUCAAGUUCAAAAUGAGGGAAAGUCAGUCAGCGAAGUAAACUAUAAAAGUCUACGCAAGCAAGCCAAAGACUUAGUUAACAAUAUUCUCAAAUACUUAUAA